UGCCUGCUCGCGCACUCAAAGCCUACCCACAUCUCGCGCCCUCAAACACUAUCUCUCUCUCACCGGCGGCAUCCCCCCGCGCCCGCACCAGCCAUGGCGGAUUCGGUGCAUCCCAUGGCGGCGGUGGCAGAUCUGUCGGAUCCGGCUACAGCGGUGCUGGAUCUGCCAAAUCCAGCGGCAGCAACACUAUGUAAGUCUGAGGUCUCUGCUAUUGUUUACAAAGCUGGGGAAUGCAUGCAAGAGCUGCUGAAAUCAUGGACAGAGUUCAGUGCAACUCAAGAUGCUACAAACACUAAAAGUCUACAAAAUGUUCCUACCCUUGAAAUUCGAAUACCUGUGGAAUUUGUUACAUCCAAUAAUCGUCAGGUAAAAGGUGCUCAGCUUUGGGGAACUGAUAUUUAUACAAAUGAUUCAGAUCUUGUGGCUGUGCUAAUGCAUACUGGUUACUACUCCCCUACAUCCUCUGCUCCACCAUCUACCAUCCAAGAGCUCCGUGCAACUGUUCGGGUUCUACCACCACAAGAUAGUUAUACUUCAACAUUGAGGAACAAUGUGCGUUCACGUGCUUGGGGUGCUAGGGUUAGUUGUAGCUUUUGGAUAGAACGUUGUUGCAUUGUUAAGAAAGGUGGUGGCACCAUUGACCUCGAGCCACGCCUUAGCCACACAUCAGCUGUGGAGCCUACUCUUGCUCCAGUUGUAAAUGCUUUGUGUCAACAAAGAUUUGUCCGUGAAGUGACUAUACAAUAUAAUCUCUGCAAUGAGCCAUGGUUAAAAUACAAUAUAAGCAUUGUUGCGGAUAAGGGACUUGAAAAGUCUCUUUAUACUUUUGCUAGACUGAAGAAAGGAGAAGUCAUAUAUUUAGAGACAAACUUUGAUAGGUAUGAACUGUGCUUUAGUGGAGAGAAGUCUUGUAUUCUUGGAUCAAGCUCUAAUGCAUCUAAAGCAGAAGUGGAGAAACACCAAAGCAUCAGUCACCACUCACAAAAUGGUGAUAGAUGCAUUGUGGAGCAUGAAACACGUGAUGUGUUCCGAUGGUCUCGUUGUAAGAAGGCCAUGCUUGAAAGUACCAUGCGCUCCUUCGGCAUCCCACUACCAGUAAACCAGCUUGAGGUGUUGCAGGAUAACCUAGAAUGGGAAGACAUGCAGUGGUUGCAGAGUGGCGUCUGGGUGGCUAGGAAGGAGUAUCCCCUGGCCCGAGUGCACUUCCUCUCGGCAAACUAAAAGUUGUUGUUGCUUCGAUUCUUUCAGGCAAGAAAGAAGCUUAUGAACGAUUCUUCUGGGCAAGAAAGGAGCUUAUAAACAUUGUGUUUUCUUCUUCUCCUGUUAGUGUAUGUAUGAUGUUGAUGCCCCAUGACAUGUUUAAAAAAGAGAAGCUCACCUGUAGUUGCUUAUUUGUGUGGUAGUCUACAUGUCUUGACAAUAACCAUACUUGAUAGGGAGGAUUGCCUUCUUGCUCCUCGUGCCUAUUUCUCAAAGAUAGGCCUCAAUUAAAAUAAUUAUG